ACUGUACGAGAGGGCGGAUCUGACUGUGCACAUCGGCCAACACUACAGCGUACUGAAUUUUAAAAACAACAACAACGGGAGGAUGGACUUCAGUUUACGUGAUGCCUUCACAGAUGGGGCACCUAAGGCGACCCAGGACAGCCUGCUGAAGAGGGAUUUUGUGGCCGGGUUGGAGGCACAGACCUAUGAUGAUAAAGUGGGCGAGACCGUAGGGAAGUCAGACUACCGCCCCCUUCUAGAUGGACUGGAUGGCAAAAGAGAAAGGUCUGGGUUCAUGUCUGUAGGCCAGACUGGAGGGCAACGCCAGGACCCUCAGGGAGACAUCCAUCCCAGCCCGCCUGGACAAUAUGUCUAUAAGAAUGACUUUCAAUCAGGCCCAACAUCAAUGAUUGAAAAGCCUGUCCAAUUAGGAAACCAGCAGAUGGGAUCUACGAUGAAGGACAACAGCAUGGACUCUUUUCUGGGGUUCUCUCAGCCUGGAAUGAAUAUCGGUAUGAAUAUGAAUGUUGGCAUGGCCCCUUUCCAGAGCUUCAAACCCCCCAGCAUGGGUGAACCUCAGAAGACCUUACCCUUGUUUGCCAAUGAACCACCCAAACCAUCCCAGAUAACUGCUAAUUCCAGUGAAACAAGCCCUCGUAACAGCCAGGAUAAUUCUGCAGAAGUUUUGGGAAGCCCUUGGACAGGUGAGGAAAUGCUCUCUACGGAGCUGUCCCGAGCUUCCAACAAGGCAGAACAGAGUCAUACUGACACCUUGGGAUUCCAAAGUCAAGAUGCAGCAUCUGGUGAGGAAAAGUCCAUAGAGAAAGGAACCGGAAAGCAGCAGAAGCGAAAAAAGAAGAAACGCAAGAACAGGGAAGAAAUGUAUGACCUUCUGGACAGUCUUGGUUCCCCUGACUCAGAAGAGACUCCUUCUGAAAGCUCCAACCACGGCUGCCCCUCACCUCCUAGUAGGGACGAAGACAUUUGGGAAAGCGAGAUCCAAGAAAGAGGGGGAGGACGUAUCAAGGCCAAGAAGAGUAAAAGCAGGAUGAAGCUACCGGAGGAUUGGAGUGCUCCUCCAACCAUAAUGAACAUGGACUUUAGCAGCCCUAAUUUGGGUGAUUUAAAACCCCCAUCCAGUGCUAACAUAGAUCAAGGAAGUGCACCACCCUCACUCACACCUGAACCUCUGCACCUCACGGGCACCCAAGCAUGCAGACCCCAACCGACAGGGCAAGCAAACACUUCCUUAUUCAUGAAUUGCCCAGACUCCACUGCGAAUCCCAUAGAUGACUCAACUUACGAGAUUGAUAGGGAUAUGUUUAAUAAGGAUAAAUCAACUAAAGACAAUAUCAAUAAGUCUAACCUAGAGUUGCCUGGUAUUCACCCUUCAGAUCUGUUACUCAUGGACUCAAAGACUGACCCAAAUGAUCCCGACCAGAAGUCAACCUUUGCCCUCAGUCCAACUCAGACUGUUAUGUUCCUUGACUCUGUGCUGCAGGCAGAGACCACAGAUGCAAGCCCCCCAUCCCACAGCACCCCCGUGAAUACUCCCAUCCCUCACACCACUGCCCCAGAGGCCGCUCCUGAUCUGACCACUGGCCCACUGUCCAUCGGCACAGACAUCCCUGCCUGUCAGAGUGCACCAGCUUUUAGUCACUCUUCCCCAACAAUUACCCCCAGCACUGCAGAGAGCUUAAAACCCAAGGCUACACCUUUCAUCCCUUCACAAACAAAGCAGCAGGAGCCCCCGCUGGCACAGCCCCCCCUACUGGAAGUGAAAGAUAAGACAGCCAAAGAGAAAAUGGAAAACAUCAACAUAAUUGAGAAGCAAGACAAGCCUGAGAAGAUGGAGAAGAUUGAUCACCUGGGCAAGAAAGAUGAGAUCACAAAGAAAACAGACAGUGUGGAUAAGACUCAGAAGAGUGAGAAGAUCAUCAAAGAUGAGAAGAAAGUCGAGAAAGAGGAGAAACAGGACAAUAAAGCUGAAAAAAACAAGAAGGUUGAGAAAGUAGACAAACCUGAGAAGACAAACAAGGAGAAAGAGGAGAAGAAAGACAAGGGAGAAAAAGUGGACAAGACAGCCAAAGCUGAGAAGAAUGCGAUGGCUGCUAAAAGACCUGCUAAGUCUCCAACAGCUAAUGGGAGCAAGGAGGUGUCCACGUCCAGUCCAGAUAGUAAGGCCAAGCCUUCAGUUGGGUCAACCAAACAAAGCUCAGCAAGACCAACCUCGCUGUCCACUGGAGACAGUGCAGGCGCCACCAAACGCACAUCUCCCACCACCAACUCUGCCAAUAAAAAAAGCCCUGUGCCCAAGGCAACAACCCCCACUGCUGGCACCAAGAAAACCCCCACCAUCUCAACUACUUUUGAGACUAAGGCCAAGUCUUCUGAAACAGCAACCCAGGGUCGCUCUCCAGUGCCAAAGGCUAAAGCUGCAUCUGCUACAAACUCUAAAAACGGCACUAACACCCCAACUACCACCUCUGCCCGACGCUCCUCUGCUACAAAGAUUGAAAGCCAAGCAGGAGAGGUGAAAAAGACAAGUGCAAAGACAACACCAGUUAAAACAACUCCAGGGACAACUCGCACAGCACCCUCUGUCACCAGUAUGGCAGCCACCAAUGGGACCCCGACCUCUCGUACCUCCCGCAUCACCAAACCCCCCGUACCCAAGCAGACUCCCCUAGAGAGGAAGCCUCCUGUACCGCGAGCCCCCCGAAACAUCCGGCCCACAAACGCACCACUGCCGGAUCUAAAAAAUGUGCGCUCCAAGAUUGGUUCCACCAAUAACAUGAAGUACCAGCCUGGAGGAGGCAAGGUCUCUGCAGCCCAGGGCAAGACCGAUGCUCUGCCAAAGACCAGCCAGAGCAAAGUUCAGAUAGUCCACAAAAAGCUGGACUUCAGCCAUGUCACCUCCCGAUGUGGCUCCAAGGACAAUAUCAAGCAUGUUCCUGGCGGAGGAAAUGUUCAGAUUUUAAAUAAAAAGGUUGACUUGAGCAAAGUUACCUCUAAAUGUGGAUCCAAGGGCAACAUAAAGCACAAGCCAGGUGGUGGUGAUGUGAAGAUUGAAUCCCAUAAGGUUAACGUCAAGGCCAAGUCCAAAGUGGGAUCAAUGGACAAUGUAGGCCAUGAACCAGGUGGUGGCGAUGUCAAGGCUGAGGGGGUUCAGCAGAAAUCUGAGGGAAACCCGUCUCCCCCUGCUGUCUCUCCACCCAUGCAGGCAGGUAAUGGGGCAAAAGAGAAUGGGCUGAAAGAGAACUCUCCUGCUCCCAUAUCUUCUUUGGGAGAGGGACCCCGGGACUCCCAGGGCUUGGACAAGCACAUCACUGGGACAAAUUGAGUUCUACAAGCUGAACUUCUGCAAGAACACACGAGCUCGCAUGGACCAUGGCGCUAAAAUCAUCUCCUGGUCCCCCCUGAGUGGCAGCCACCCCCACCCAAAUUGCAGCACCUCUCUCAGUGUUUCUCUGGGGUCCGCCAUGUCCUCACACUCAACCCAGCUUGUCCCAUUCACUCAGCUAUGAGAUGGGUGCAAACCAGUACACUAGCAGGAGAAGGGCUCUGAUUUUUAACACAGCCUGUCCUUUUAAAACCUUCUCAUAAGCUUCUUUUCUCGUUUACAGUUUUCUUAGUUUUUUCCUUGCUGGGAGAGCACCCAUGAGAUCAUGUUUUGGGAAAGACCCAGGCUCUGGCUUAAUUUACAGCAUGCAUUACUUCUUUUUCGAAUGCAGGGUUUGGUUUGAGGCUGUGGUUGAGAUGAAGUCUUCAGGGGCUGGUUGCAUAAAAGGUUUAGACUAGUCCUACAAGUUAUUCAUCCAAUUUUUUUUUCUUUAAGACUGGCCAUAUUUUUUUUAUUAUUAAAAAAACAAACAAACACAUUUUUUUUAGUUACAUUAAAUCAUAGAUUAGUCUUAGUUGAAUCCAAAAAUAAGACUGAUUACCCCGUUGCUAACUGCUAGUUAGUCGAACUUGUACUUAAGACAGUCUUAACAUAGAGGCUGUUUAUGCAACUGGCCCCAGAUGGUUGGAGAUGGAGUAAUAGAUGCUCCAGCCACUUAGCUCUUAUUGUCAUCUUUGUUAAAACCACUGCAUUUUGCCCAUCAACACCAGAGUUUCCUUCUAGACUUCCUAUGAGCCUGUGCUAUCCAUUAGACAGACUUUUCUGUCUGUAUCUAUUUGGCAGUAGAUGUUCUCCAAUGGGAACCCCAGAACUCACUUGAGAUGUAGCUUAUUACAUCAUAUUAUGGCAGUUCAGCUCCCUGUAUUGUUAGUAUAUGGGGCUAUCUUAAAUCCCAGUCAAAAGGGACGAAUCAGCCGCCUUCCAUCCAUCUGCUUCCUUUGCUCCACUGACCCUGUCCACCUCACAUGAAUUAUAUCCCCUGGUCUCCCUCAGUAUUUAAAUGAGCACUUAAUCAUUUGAAACGUAUAGGUUGUUCAAACAAUAGCAUAUUUACAUCUUCAGUGAGUUUGUUGUAUCGUGUUUGCGUAAAUUCCUGUAACGAUGAGCUGUAUCAUUAUGAUGUCUAACCAUCUGAUUACAUAAUCCACUUUCCAUUUCUCUCAAAGCAUCUUGUGAACUAAUAGGACACAAAAACUCAUGAAACACAUAAACUACAGCAUGAUACAGGAAGAGAAAAAGGAAGUGACACGCAAACUAAACAGACAGGAUUGGAAGGAAUAUAGAUGGAUAAAUAAAGAUG